AACCUGACAGCUGUCAAAAUGACCUUUCCAUCUACAACGCAGUAUUGAAGUAAUACCUGCAGUUCAAUAAUAAACUCUAAAACUACGCAACAAACGAUUGAGUUUUCAUUACACCUUAAAAUGACAAUUCAUUCGUACAAGUUCACGAGCCAAAUAAUAAUUUUAGACUUGUUGUUUAGUGUUUACAAACUUGAAUUCAAACAGGCUCGUGUGCUCCGUAGUGUUGAAUACGAAACUUAAAUACAAUUAAUUUGUGUCGAGAAUUUUUAUUCCUAACUUCUUAUGAUUAAGAUAAAAUGAAGUGGGAAUUAAUAGCGUUUUCCUUGUGCUGCCUCAACUUAUAUGUAGACUGCGACUGGAAACAUGAUCGCCGUGGACAUCAAAGGAGUUGGCAAUCAAGAGACAGCGCAAAUGAAAUCACUUCACGGCGUAGAUCCGAUCCUCCUGACCACACUAAGCUCAUAGCUAUGGCACGAUACGUGCUUCACAGUGCUGACUGGGCUUCGUUGGCUACGAUUUCAAAUCUACCAGCAAUCGAAGGAUUUCCCUUUACAAACGUGAAAUCUGUCGUGGACGGAUCUUUGGCGAACUCUACUGGAGUGCCAUAUUUUUAUAUGUCACCAUUGGACUUCAGUGCCCGGGAUUUAACAAAAAACAGUCGAGCUACUGUUCUCGUAUCUUUAGAAGAAACCAAAUUUUGUGAUCAGAACAACUAUGACCCUGAAGAUCCACGUUGUACGAGACUGAUGCUCUCCGGUAAAAUGAAGAAGGUCAAGGAAGGCAGUGAUGAGUACAAAUUUGCUAAGGCCGCUUUAUUCGAGAGGCAUCCGGCAAUGGCUAAUUGGCCUACGGAUCACGACUGGUUCAUAGCCAAAAUGAAAAUUGCUCUAAUAGCGAUGGUCGAUUGGUUCGGUGGAGCCAAAUACAUUCCAGUUCGCGACUACUUGGCAUACAAUUACACGGGCACCGAAAUGCUUGAAUAUUAUAAUCAUUUACAACAUAAGCAUGUAAUCGUUUAACUUUUUUUUUUCUAACUUUCACGUUAUAGUUUACGGAUUCUCAGUUUUUUUACAACAGUACAAGGUCAAUUUUUAUUACUGGUGGUAGGACCUCUUGUGAGUCCGCGCGGGUGGGUACCACUACCCUGCCUAUUUCUGCCGUGAAGCAGUAAUGCGUUUCGGUUUGAAGGGUGGGGCAGCCGUUGUAACUAUACUUGAGAUCUUAGAACUUAUAUCUCAAGGUGAGUGUCGCAUUUACGUUGUAGAUGUCUAUGGGCUCCAGUAACCACUUAACACCAGGUGGGCUGUGAGCUCGUCCACCCAUCUAAGCAAUAAAAAAAAUAUUGGAAUCAUAACUAUACACUGGUAUUUUAUAUUUGUCUACUCAAUAUUUUUCCUAAACAGAACUAGCAAAUACGAAACAUGUAAUAAUUUGAAUUUUAUCUUUUUAACGAUUAUGUAAUUAUGUAUAAAGGGGAACAAUUUGGUGUCUUAGAAGCAGAGGUGUAAUAAGGAAAAUGUGAACAGUUAAAUUUUAAUUGUACAGAGGUAAAAAGUUUUUGAAUAAAACAACUAAAUAAAUUUUUAUAUUUUUAA